UAGCUGUGUGUGUGUCUUUAAUGUUGUAUAUAUGGAAGGAUGAGAAGGAGACGACAAAUAUCACAACUACCCAAAAUCAUCUUUGUAGGCUAGCUAGCAAGCAGCCAUGAAUUCAAAUUUAGUGGGUGUAUUUCGUGAGAGGGAAAUCGAUGGGAAACCAUUCCACACAUACACUUUAUCAUCUCAAACAGACACCACAACUCCUUCUUCCUACGGUGAAACAGCCAUUGAUGGCGACGACCACCUCUCUCUUCAACAACCUCUUUUCCUCUGUCCUUCUUUACGUCUUAGAGUUUACGGGGAAAACAAUUCUUAUACUGAAUUUCUCCCGUACAAUACUUCCCCUCACUUCCCCAGCAUAACAGGCGUUGAUCAACAAGUCCAGCAUUUGCUUGAUUCCGACAGCCAACAAGUCCAUGAUUUGCUUCAUUCCGACAACAGCCAUGAUGAUGAUGGUGAUGAAAUCUGUAAGCUCCCUGUUGUCCCUAUCUAUUGGUGUAACAGUAAAAAAGAUGAGUAUUUACAAUUCACUUGCGGUGCAUGUCAACUAUCGAAAAUUGGCACAGACUAUUAUAUCUGUCUCAGAUCUGAUCAAAUGUUCCACAAAGAAUGCGUGGAGUCUCCGCUUGAGAUCAAACACCCUUCCUAUCCCUUUCUUUCCCUCAAACUUUACCAUAAUUUUAGCGAAAACGUGAAUUGCAUCUGCUGUGAUUUAGCUCUCUUUAGCAUGCUUUAUCAUUCUUCCACCUACAAACUUAGUAUGCAUCCUGUUUGUGCGAUGAAGCCAAUACCCAUUUUAAUAGACCACCCAAAAAGGCACCCCCACCUUCUCACCUUUUUCCCUAAACAAGCUUCCUUACUUUGCGAUGUUUGUGGCCUCGUUAAAGAAUCUUUUCCCACCUAUGUUUGUGUUCGAUGUAUCUUUGUAGCCCAUCGAGAUUGUAUUUAUUUCCCGUACGUCAUUAAAAUAUGCCGUCACCAACACCGUAUUUCUUUUAUCUCUUCUCUUCCAUCCGGCAAAUGGUCUUGCGGAGUCUGUCGUCAAAAGGUUAACAACAAUUGUGGUGCGUACACCUGUAACAAGUGUAGACACUAUUUUGUUCAUACAAGAUGUGCGUUGCGGGAAGACGUGUGGAAUGGAAAGGAUCUCGAGGGAGUACCUGAAGAACCUGAAAUAAUUCUCGAGCCAUUUGAGACAAUAGCUGAUGGAAUAAUACUUCAUUUUUCUCAUGGCCAUCAUCUCAAACUCGAGAACAGUAGAGUUUACGACGAAAACAUUAUUUGUCAAGCGUGCAUCCUUCCAAUCUAUGAGGGUAAUUAUUAUUCGUGUAUGGAUCAAUGCGAUUUCGUCCUCCAUGAGGCAUGUGCAAAUGCUUCUCGCAAGAAAGAUCAUGCCUUGCACGGUCACCCACUUACGCUAAAAGUCCAAGGUGAAGAUUCCUUUUUCUGUUCUGCUUGUUGUCGUCAAAGUUGUGGCUACGCCUAUGGAGUUGGAUCUUACCAAAUAGACUUCCGGUGUGCCUCGGUUUCUGAACCAUUUGAAUAUCAAGGCCAUGAACAUCCUUUAUUCCUAGCUUUAGACCGACAACAAGAACGUAAGGCAACUUGUCAAAUCUGCCAACGGAAAAUUGCUUUUCUUCGAAAACUAAAUUGCAUCGAAUGUGAUUAUGUUCUAUGUUUUAUUUGUGCUACUUUACCAUACGAGGCAAAGUAUAAGCACGACAAACAUUUCCUCACAUUCCGAGAAGGGAAAAAAGGAAGUGAUCAAUUAGACUGGUGUGAGGUCUGCGAAAGAAACAUAGUAUACUCAAGAAAAGAUGGCUUCUAUGCGUGUGAUGACUGCUGCACCACUCUUCAUGUUCGUUGUUUGCUUGGAGAAGACAUGUAUAUGUCGAAACCUGGUCACACCAUAAUGAAUAAUAAGAGGGAGGUUCAUAUUCUUCCCAACAAUACCCGGUCUCGACCAUUCUGCCAUCAUCAUGAUGAAGACCGUUGUCCAUACAAAGUAAUUUUCAAAUGGCAGGACAUGACAUUUUGUUCUUACCGUUGUUUGAUAAAGUAAAAUGUCUUCGCUUUGUAAUCUUCAUUCCUUGUCUACAUUUUGUAAUCUUUUUCUUUUAUCGAUAACGCUUUGUAAUUAUCUACAUCUACUGUGACUUUCUUGUCUUCUUCCAAAUCUGUUUU